AUGGUUAAAGAAAAAGUUAGUGAAUCAAAGUCGGUUGUCAAACUCCCUUUCCCCACAAGAAAUAAGAAGAAAGAGCAACAUGAGAAGAACUUCGAGAAAUUCUUGGAGAUGUUCAAAAAGCUUGAGAUUAACAUUCUGUUCUUGGAGGCACAUGAACAAAUGCCCACUUAUGCCAAAUUUAUGAAGGAUAUUAUUUCAAAAAAGAGGAGCACCGCCACUGACCCUAUUGUACUAAGCGAAACUUGUAGUGCAAUUUUGCAGGGUAUGAAGUUUCCAAUGAAGCAGAAAGAUCGAGGCUCGGUAACUAUCCCUUGCACUAUCGGGGAUAGAUCUUUCAAAAAGGCCCUUAUAGACUUCAGGGCAAGUGUGAGUCUCAUGCCGUUAUCCAUUUACAAGAGGUUGGAGAUAGGAAAAGUGAAAGAUACCAGAAUGACAGUUAAAUUUGCUGACCACUCGAUGAAGAGACCCUAUGGAGUAGUGGAAGAUGUUCUUGUGAAGAUUGAUAAGUUUUAUUUUCGGUGGACUUUGUCAUCCUAG